AUGUACAAGAGUCUGUUAAAUGCUGAUAUUUAUGAAACAGAUCCUGAACUGGAGAAGAUUCGAAAAGACCAUGGCUACUCAUAUUCAGAUAUCAUAACCCUCGCCAAGGAUAUACUACUCGACUAUGAGGAAAAGUUGAAGAUGUUCUUUCAGGAACAUCUCCAUUUAGAUGAUGAGAUUCGCUACAUCUUGGACGGCAGAGGUUAUUUUGACUUGAGGGACAAGGAAGAUCGCUGGAUCAGGAUCUCUGUGGUCAAGGGAGACCUGAUUACUCUACCUGCUGGGAUCUACCACAGAUUUACUGUGGAUGAGACGAACUACACUAAAGCCAUGAGGCUCUUUGUGGGGGAUCCUGUGUGGAAGGCUUAUUACCGACCAGCUGAUGACCUAGACAUUCGUCAGCAGUAUUUGAGUUCUAUCGGAUGUGGAUGUGCCUAG